CAUCACACUCGUAGGUACGUUAUCGAAGAGUACAGUAGGUAGGAACAUAAUAUAUAUUAUUAUUAUGAGCGCUCUGCUCGACGAAACACAUUAUUGUUCCUGAGAAGAAUACAACGAUCAAGCCAUAAUAUUUUAAAAUGUUAUUAUUGAAACAUUUUGACGUUUACUUGUUACCGCUGUUGUGCACAUUGCUCGUCGCUGGUUUUCACGCAACCGCAGGUCAACUAGUACGAGUUAAACUCGAAAAGGACACAACUCGGGUUGGUCAGGUUUGCCGACCGGACACAGAAUGUGUUCCUGGGUCCGAAUUUUGUGACAUAAAUUUGAGACCAGAAUACCAACAAAAAUGUGGUUUGGGAAAUGAAUUGUCAAUGAGCUUUUGCUGCCCUGUUGACAAAGUUAUUCGGUCAAAAAGAUAUAGAAGAAUGACUAAUGACGACGAUGAAUCAGAAUUGGAUAAAGCUAUAGAUAGAGCAGCACCAGAACCCAUUAAACCGUUACAAGAAGAACCAGAAUGUGGACAAAACACAAAGUCUAUAUCAAAAAUAAUGAAAGUGCAAAAUUCUAAAGCGAGUGAUUGGCCAUGGAUGGCUGUGCUUUUAGAAACGACUAACUAUAUAAAUUUCUGUGGUGGAGUAUUACUUAAUCGACGAUUUGUGUUGACUGCUGCUCAUUGUUUUAAAAAACAUACAAAAGAUGAUUCUGUUGUUAGACUUGGUGAAUAUGAUUUCACCACUGACAACGAGACAAAAUACAUUGACUACAGACUAUCAGAUAUUAGAUUACAUCCAGACUAUAGUCAAGCUACGCAUGCCAAUGACAUCGCCCUAUUACGGUUAAAAAGACCUACAAUUUACAAUUCGUUUAUUCGGCCUAUUUGUUUGCCUAAAACAAACAUGGAAGUGUACAAAAAAAAUGCUGUUGUUGCUGGUUGGGGCCAAUUAGUUUUCGGUGGUGAAGUCAGUAAUGUUCUCCAAGAAGUGGCAAUACCAAUAUGGGAACAUGACCAGUGCGUUGCAGCUUUUUCACAACCAAUUUUCAAAACAAAUCUUUGUGCUGCAUCGUUCGAAGGGGGCAAAGAUUCCUGUUUGGGCGAUUCUGGUGGUCCGCUGUUAGUUCAAAGACAAGACGGGAAAUGGACUAAUGUUGGAGUUGUGUCUUGGGGCAUUAGUUGUGGGGAAGUCGGAUACCCCGGCGUUUACACAAAAGUCACUUCAUACCUCAAAUGGAUAGCUGUGAACACGCAGGAUGUCAUUUAACGACUGACCUGUUUACAUUAAGAUAAAUAGGAAAAGUACAUACAUUUAUUUAAAUAAUUUUAAUUUUCGAUCUUUAACUAACCAUGAAAUGUAUACAAACACAACUAAACAAUAGUUUAAAUAAUGAUUUUAUUAUAUUUUAUCUAAUGCAAAUAACUUAUUACUA